AAAUUGCAAUCAACCAACCUCCUACCUGAUAAUGCUGUAGCUGCUGGCUCCAGAAGCCCUUCUGCUUGGAGAAAACUGGACUCACUCGAAUUAAAUAGUGUAUAAAUUUAUAGAAAACUAUCAAUCAGACUCAAAUUGGUGCGGGCGAAUAGCUAGAUUACCACACAUUAGACAUUAUUAAAUAUUUAAAACCUUAUCAAAACAAAAAGAAAUGAGCCAAAAGAGAUCGACCGAUUUAUACAAGCUUGGGAGAGAGACACUAAGUAUUGAAUAUUGGAUUGUAGUGGUCCAAACAAGCAUUCCGGAAAAGUUAAGUGUCACGUUACGGUACAUGGAAGCGUUGAAGUUGUCGGAGUCGGAAGUCAACUUCUACUUCAGUGCUUUCGAUAGCUGUGAUGUCGAAAAAAGUGGGAAGCUACCAACGGAGUGUGUAAGAAAAUUUUUGUCCCGCUUCGCUAUUUCGGAUGUCUUGAUAAACGAUAUUGUACAAUUAUCAAGUCCAUCUCCCUGUGGCUUGUGGGGACGGGUAAAUUUCUUCACGGCACUAAAGUACGUUUCCCUCGCUCAGAGUGGAAUUCCGAUGUCUAGAAAUGAGUUAAUCAGAAACAGAGAAAGUCUCCCCCUCCCAGCAUAUCGUGAUAUAUGUGUACCGUUAAUGGAAAACGAUGUGCCCACAGGAGAGCAUUCUUCACACGGUCCUGCCUCCGCUGGUGAUUAUUCCAAUGUAGACAAACAGUUUAAUGGACGUAUUUCUCAAAAAUUGAGGCCUAAAGAGAAUCAAACAACUCUAAAUAACAGUGUUUUGAGAGACAGUGCUGAAGAGUCAUGUUUUUCUUCAUGGCCCAAGUGUUACGACGAAGAGCAAAGUCUUUUAACGGAGGAAAUUAUCAAGCCUGAUAAUUCUGUCUCCUACGAUAACGAAAACAAAACUUCCAGAAAUUCUGAUUGGUGGAUUCCAAACAAGUCAUUCCGGAAAGGAGUACAUUUGAACACCGAUCACUCAUCGUCUCGAUCUUCUGGUACCAUUACUUCUCAGGACUCUAACUCGUCUACUUACUAUGGAAGCACUAUUGAAGAUUGUAAAAAUAUCAAGAAAUUACGUGAUACUAGUGUAUGGAGUUAUCGAGAUUUACCCGAUCACUCAUAUGAUCAGCUUAGUGAAAUUCAACCAAAAGGGAGUCCUACCGACCACUCUUUACAGAACACUGAUUCUCAAUGUACAAAUUCUGAGGACAAAUAUCAAUUUUCACUGAAUAGUGCCAAAAAAUCUGAAGUUAACAAAUGGAGAGUAUCACACUGUCGUAGCUCUUCAUUCCCAUUCUCACAAUAUAAUAACACUUAUUGUAAUCGAAAUGAGAAGCGUAAAGAAAAAUGGUUAGCAUCAUUCGCAUUACAAUCAAAGAGAGAAGCUGAAUACGCAUCACAGUUUGAUGAGUUCUUUAUUUCGAAAGACAUCGGUAGCGUUACUAAUUGCCAUUUGGUAGUAACACGCUCGGAAGUAACGCAAUUAUUUACAGCUCAAUAUAAAAUCUCGUCAGUUGAUUUCGACAAUAUUUGGUUAACUGCUGAUAUCAAUCGGGACAAUUAUUUAGAUAAAGCUGAAUUUUGUUUAGCUAGUCAUUUGGCACAUUUGCUUGGUCAUCGUGGUUUAUCAUUGUAUGAUGCCGUUAGUGCUUGCAAACCUUAUAUCAGUAAAAUUACUAGAAAGUUAAGAAAAUAUGAAGCCAAAGGUAAUCAAUUCGACCUUCCCCACUUAGAAUAUUUAUGCGCCACUGGCUUACUGAACAAUGAUUCAAAAUAUGAUUCAAUAAAUAAUCCAUUGCUAAAGCAACAUUCUGCAAUAGACAUUUUUAAUAAAAGAAAUCCAAUUGUUCUUGAUGAUUCUUCUUAUUCCUUGAAUAUGGAUUCUGCUUUUGGCAUUUUUGAAACUAAUUCUAAAAGUUUAUAUUAUAAUUCGUUUGAAAACUUGUCACACGGUCCUGUUGUUAGUUGUGAUAGUUGUAGUAAGUCUUCAUCCUCUACUGGAAUCGUUAGUAGUUCCUCAUCAUCAUCAUCUUCGUCCUCCAAUUCAUCCUCUUCACGUUUAUCUGCAUCACCAUUUUCGUCUUCUGAAAUUAGUGGUUCUAUUGAUUCAGUGCAUUUAUCAAGUGAAAAGACCAGUACAAAUAACCCGUAAGAUGAUACGGUUCACUAUUAUUAUUAUUAUUAUUAGCUUUGUUCAAUAUUAUAUUUUUGGUACAAUAUAGAAUUUUAAGCAGAAUGUAUGUCAACAAGUUUCCGUUCCUUACUUCUUGAUCGAUCCUGACGACAAAUAUUGAGUGAUUGUCCAGUCAAUCGACAUCUAAAUAAUGUACAUUGUUUUCGCUGCAUAUUGCUAGCAACCACGAUAUCUGUGAUUGGGCCGUUGUAACUUUUACAACGAAAAUUUAUACACUUUUCAGAAACGCACCUGAAUAAGUUAUGCGAUUAAUAGCCAUAUUGAUGUAUUAAAACAAACAAAAUCAGAUAACAUGUUGAAAUAUCUAGAUAGCAGGAACAGGUAGCCCAGAUGUUGAAGCAGACCGCCUUUUAUUAACUGUUCGUCUGUAAUUUUGACUUCUUGAAAAUUUGUGUUUUAUCAUCUGAGUUGUUUGUCAAAAAAAGAAUUUUUUAAGUUUUCAGACUUAGUAGUUCUGUUAAUAACUACUGUUUAUUACAGAAAAUUCUCAUCUUUUUCCACUUUGAGUUAAUCGUGGCUGAAGUGAAGUUGUGAUCUAGUUAAUAAUCAGUCUUUACAAUUAAAAGUAUCAAAUACUCAACAUGUGGACUAAAACUGUUCGUCCAAAUCCUGGGUAAUAUUGGUAUAUACCAGAUAUAAAAUUAAGAACUUAUUAUUACAAUAUGAUUUGAUUUUCUUUAUAAAGCUUUCUAACAGAACAAGACUUUCUUAUGGUUAUUGAGUAGAGAAAAUUCAACCUCUGAUUGGCUGACCUACUAUGUUUAAUCUACUUUGUGAAAAUGCAUUAAUAUCUAUAGUUUACGAGUGGAAAAUUUUUAGAUUGCUUUGUGAAAUGCUGUAUCGCCGAUUCAAAGUGAUUAGUGUUCUGAACUGUUAAAAAAAUUGUAAAUAGAGUUUUAGCCUUUGAAUUACAUUUAUCUUACUGAAUUGAGCUGCCAUUACUAUGCUGAUAUAAUCUUCAUAUAUAUUAAAAAAUAUCUAGCAAUUUUCAGAAUCCACAGAAUAACUGCUUCUGAAACUUGUGUGCGAUCCCAACCAUUCACUUCAGUGAGAAAACCGCAGUUGAGUAGGGAGCUUUCAUUAACGAACCCGAAUCCAAAAACCUAUGGACAACCCAUUCAUACUCCUCAGGAAGUCAACUAAUAGCCUAUGUCUAUUUCCUGAGAGAGUUAAGUCUAAUCUUAAUCAAUAGCGUGUGAUCGUCAACACCUCUCACUUAUUAGCUGACCUGUAUCUGAUUAACCCAGUAUGUUACAUUUCCUCAUUUUAAUAAAUGAAAAACUUGUGUUAUUUGAUUAACACAUACUUGAGUUAGAUAAGGACGUCUAUAAUCUAUUAUAUUUCCGUGUAACAACAAUUUACUGUCCGUUUCUUUCAAAAAAAAGUUAGCUGUAAUUUAAAAAUCAAGUGUUUAAACUUUAGAGUAUUAUAAGCAGAGAUGGAUAUUGGCUAGCAGUGGAAUGUGAAUUAAGGUAUAUCGAGGCAAUACGCACAGUAUGCACAUAUGCCAAUUAGAGAUUGACCAGUUGCAGUCCUAAACACAUCGAUGGGAAGAUCCAAACAAACAAUACUAAGUGAAUUUAGAGUAUUAUGUUAUCAAAAUGUGAAUUCGAGCCAUGGAUUCAUAUUUUAUUGAUAUCUUUAUGCUGAAUAUCAUAUUUUUUUUAAUUUCAAACAUUACUUGCCUUUUUACGUCUUUGGUAUGUGGUUGUAACUGAAAUCCAGGGCUUAUGUGUCCACUUGUUUGUUACUUGUCAGAUGGAUGUACAUGCAUCCUAGUGUUAGUGUUUAGACUGAUACUCGAGUCUAGUUUCUUUCUAAAAGCUAUGUCGAACGAUUUUUUAGUAGGUCCUUUUAUGGGAACAGAAAUUGGUCAGUCGUAGCCCUGCAUAUUAACAACAAAACACCAUUGACUCUUAGUGAUAUAAGCGUAUGUUCCUGUAAAGAUUGUUGAAUGGUAUGGUUUAAGUAUAUAUAUAUUUUUUAAAAAUGACCGAAUAAUCUGUAUUCGUUACAAACAUAAUAUCAAAUAUCCCAUCUCACACAAAAAAUUUUAAGUCCCAUUUUAAAAGUAGUUUCCUUCUAACCUCUAUUUCGAUUAACUUCCUCCUUUAUCUUACAAUUAGGUAUAUUGAUCCGAUCCAGUUAUUAUCUGCAAUCACUGGCCAUCGAAAAACGUUUUUAUCUGAAUUAUCUAGUAGUCGUCGACGUCGUCUUUUGUCUUCACUUAUUCGGGAAGCCAAAUCGGUCAAUCAUACGUUACUUCGUUUAAAUAAUGAAAUGCAAGGUGAACUUGCUGAGUUGAAUGAUCAGCGAGUUAAUUUACGUGCACAACUUCAACAUUUGGGGCUACAACCAGCAGUUUGAAGGACAAACUAAACAUUUGUCUGAAAAUUUACCUUCAAAUUUUUAAAAAUUUUAUUCUUAUUAAAAAGUGGACAAUGCUAGUAAAAUCUGAUUUCACAUAGGGUUUAUAUCCGAAGUCUCAAAAUGGAAAAAUAUUAUUGAAAUUUCGCAGUCAAUUUCUGUAUCAUUGUUUACAUAAUAAUAAGUGCAAUGUGGCUAUUUCUGUCGUAAAUUUGACUUUUAGUUGUUUUUUUUCAGGAACGAUCGGUUGUGAACGUUUCUACAUAAUCAUAAUCCUCAAAAUUAGGUUCUUUUUUAUCCAAGUUUUAAAUCGUUUGAUCAUUGCCUAAGGACUAUUUUUCGUAGGCAAUUUUAAUCUCAAUAUAAACACUGUAUUGAGUACAGCUCCACAGGAAAAAAAGACAGUUUUUGUUAGACAUUUUGUAAACUCGAAAAUGCACCGUACUUCUGACCAUAGGAGUUGGUAUACUUUUUCUUCGCUUCCUUUUUUUUAUUAACUUCAUUUCCUUUAUUUGUAUAUUAUCUUCGUUGUAUCAAGACAUUAGUUGAAAUUUUACUCAAAAUUAUGCAUGUUCUCCUGAUUAUUGGUUUAUUUCUUCAGUUUUUUCCGUAAUGUUUAAUGUGGCAUAAAUACAAAAAACCUUACCCAUUCCUAUGGCAGUGUGUGAAAAA